AUGCCCAUCACCAAGAAAGACCGCAUCAAGAAGGAGCACAAGAAGGGCGACGCCGCCGGUACUCGCGCUGCCGUGCUUCCAAAUGGCACGCCUGUGAAGGCUGCAAAGCCAAAGUCCAUCUGCGCUUUCUGUCGCAAGGAGCUUGACAACACGAAUCUCAAGAUUCUGGAGCAGCAUGCCGACACUCAUUCUGCCGCCUGGACGAAGGAGAAGUGCUGGCCCAAUGAGUUCACAUCCUGA